AUGCUUCACAGCACCGUCCCCCGUCUCGCGUCGUUGCGGUACCGGCGCCCGUACUGGAUGCUGUUCCUGAAGGACGUGGAUAACUGGAAGAUAUACACCGUCAUCCAGCAGCCGGACCACCAGCGGACCGAGAUGCUUUACCAGGCGUGGCUUGGCGGCCUCGACAGGCCCUAUACGCGCCCAAAAUGCAUGGCGAACCAGCCGCUGUGGCUCAGCAAGAAGCGGCACCUUUUGCGCAAGGACCGGCUCGAGGGGCCGGAGACACCACUGGAGAAGUACGUCCUCGAGUGGCACAGACGGUUUCACUCAUUCCAGGGGACCGAGAGGCCAACGGUGGACGACUUGCACACCGCACUGGACUUGGUCGAGCGGCCCCUCGACCUCAGCUAUGCGUUUCAGCUACUGAACCAGUGCCGCAACGUUAACAACAUUCGCUUCGCUGAGGACACUUUUCUCUUUUUCCUUGAGGCAUGCCUGCGUGUCGGGAGAAAGGACUGCGCAGUGUACGGCGCUGAGCACGCCGAGGCGCUCGGCUUCUGGCACAUUGACGGGGACCACCAGCGGUACCUGCAUGGGGAGCAGAGCUGGUACAAGUUGUCUCCACUCGACAACAUGUAUUACCCGCUAGAGGAGAACGCCGAGCUCAAUGCGAACCGGCUGGUAGUGCCGUCGGCCGAUGGUGCUGAACCUGCUGCAGCAAGCAGCGCCGCUAGUGGUUUUGCUACGGCUUCUACUGAAGCUGCGGAUGUGGGGGUAAAGGAAGAGGUGGAGAGUGAGGCUGUCGAUGACGAGAUUGCCCGUCUCGAGGCGGAGUUGGCUGCGUUGGAGAGGGACGCGGGUGGCGAUGACACGCGUCACUAG